AUGGGCUGGUCUUCGCCUGAUAGCUGGCCUACCAGGCUCUUCUCAGGCGACCCCAUUGCCAUUCUCAUUGCGUUCUUGGUGACCGUAUCGCUCCCUGCGCUUCUUCAUCUCUACUUUUACACUCAAACUGCUCGUGCCAAAGUCGUCCCAACUUUUCUCCUGCUGGGAUCCAGCGGCGCAGGCAAGACUUCGCUGGUUUCGCUCCUGCAAAAGAGAUCCGCAGAUCCAGAAGAAUCCGAGCCCGCACCGACUCGCAUCUCUCAGACAUCGACUGAUGUCAGCUUACUAUUGCCGGCUUCAAUACCAUUGGGGUCGAAUAAAUAUCGCUCUGAAAACGAUGUUUCGUUCAGAGACAAGCACCCUACUCGUUAUCACAUGAUUGAUACUCCUGGGCAUGGAAAAUUGAGGACAGAACAGGCCUUGUCGCAAAUCCAGAAUCCUGCAUUGCGCGGAGUGGUUUUCGUGGUCGAUUCGAGUGCACUUGACUCCAGCGACUCGACUACCUGUCGCGACACGGCCCUGUAUCUGCACGAUACGCUGCUGGCAUUACAAAGACGAGCCACCGGCAAAUCGAAAGCAAAGACGGAUGCCCCGAUUUUGAUCGCGGCAAACAAGCAGGACUUGUUCACAGCAUUGCCCACAGGUGCAGUGAAAGAGCGAUUGCAAGCGGAAAUUGAGAGGGUAAGAGUCUCUAAGAGCAGAGGCCUGACAACAGUGGGUCAAGAGUCGGAAGCCGAUGCUGAAGAGGACGUCCUUGGUGGAGGAGGGGAAGAGAACUUCACGUUCAAGCUCUUGGAGGAGGAGUACAAUAUCAAAGUGGACGUCAUUGGAGGUGCGGUCAAGGGCGAAGAGGCUGGAAAAGGUGUAAGAAGAUGGGAAGAGUGGAUCGGAGGCUGUUUGUGA